AUGGGCAGCCUCAAGACCAGGCGCUGGCCCCCAGUCCUGCUUCAUGUGCUUCUGCUGCAGCUCCAGUCUGCCAAGGUGCAGGCAGCUGACCCGAUGUCUUUGAAACUGAGACGACUCAAUGAACAGUUUCAUCAAUUCAAGACUUCCGCUCAGGCCCGUUUGGACAUGUUGGCCCUGAACCAAGACAAAACCUCCUCACAGGGCCAGAAGAGUCGUGUACAGUCCUUGAACAACCAUUCCCAUCACAUGUCCAGGGACCUUGAGCAGCUAAAGCAAAGUACAGCACUGGACAUAGACACUCUCAGAGAUUGGAGUAGGAAGCUUGAGAAGAAGAAUAAGCGGAUGGAUGCACGAUUGGCGUUGAUGGAGAGGAAGCUACGGGAAAAGUGUCGGCACACACAGAAACUCAUGCCAGAUCCUGGUCUGGACUUCUCAAAUUUUACCUUGGAGCUUGAAAGACAAAAGGAGAGUCUGGCUACCCUGCAAACCCAGCACGAUGAGCUGCUCCUUGGAUUAGAAGGGUUAAAGGAAACCAUGAAAAAACAGGCCUUGCGUGUAUCCCAGCUGGAAGGCCAGCUCAGUGAGAUCCUUCAGGAGACUGGAAACGGUAAAAUCAGAGGUCCUCCCUCAAACAUCACUGCACAAAAACACUAUGAGCCACAUGGAAGGAUGAUGGAUAGAGGAGGGAUGCCCAGGAGAAUACCGGAUCGACACCAAAUCAAAACCAACUCCCAUCAAUUCCACGGAAAAAACCAGCCUGAAUUCAAACCAAAGCUUCAGUCGAAAUCUCGCUUGAGGCACCAAGUCCAACAUCCAGAACUCAAAGAUUAUCAUAACUCCCAGUCCCAAAUCCAGACUCAAGUUCAGACAAGGCCCUCUCCAAAUAAUCAAGAGCAUCUCCAGGUUCAUAAGACCAAACCCCAGGUUCAGUCUCCUUCUCAUCUUCAGAGACAAAUCCGUUUACCGGACCACAAGCAUCCGUCAUCAAUGCAACCCCUGUCACAUCAUUCAUCCCGUCCUGAAUUCAGCAAAGAUGUGCAGGACAGGAUAAGGCUGGAGGGUACACACGGCCCGAUCGGUCACACUCAGGGGGAAGACCAAGAACAAGACAGUCAUACAGAUCUGGAGUCUUCACUAAUCCGUGAUUUCUUGCAAAUUCCCGUGAGACACAAGAUCCCAGAUCAGCCAUUGCCUAGGAAGGAUGCAGUCAUUUGCAAUGUGGACUCCAUGCUGUUGUUCCCUUCAGCGUCAGCAGAGAAUUAUGUCUCCUUCUCUGUGAGUCUCCCGGACCUUCCUGAGCUUUCUGUGUGCCUGUGGCUUCGUGUGGAGGCUUCACCAAUCGGCACACUGCUCUCCUAUGCCACAGACAACAAUGACAACCAGCUUGUCCUGUAUGGACGCAGACCUUCAACUUUAUCUACACCAUUUCCUCUGUCUUCCUACUCAUACUCCUUCUCUCCACCCUCCUCAUUUUCCUCACACUCAUUGGACUUUGUCAUCGGAGAUCCAGUUUAUCGCCGUCUUCCUGUGGCUUCACUUCUGGAUGCGCACUGGCACCACCUGUGUGUCGUGUGGUCCUCCAUCCAGGGCCGUUUCUGGCACUACACUGAUCGGUACCUCAUCUCCUCUGGAUCGAACUUCAGGAAGGCCUGGGAGAUUCCUGGAGGUGGAUCUGUGGUGCUUGGCCAGGAGCAGGACUCAGUUGGUGGAGGGUUUGACCCUGCCGAGGGUUUUGCUGGACAAAUAGCUGGGUUCAGGAUGUGGAACCGGGUGCUGAGUGCUUCAGAGGUAGAAGGGGUGGCCAGUGGCAGAGGUGUGCCCAGAGGAGUGGUGCUAGGAAUGGAGGAUAUAAAGGAGGUCCAUGGAGAUGUGGAGCAAGUUGCUUGCGAGUGUUUAGAGCACUGUGUCUGA